AUGGAUGAUUCUGACUUCCUCUGUGCUGCCGCCAAAGGGGAUGUAGAGAAAGUCCGGCGGGGGCUGGAGGAAGGACUGGACGUCAAUACAAAGGAUUAUGACGGAGACACAGGUCUGCAUUACGCGUGUUGGAGAGGUCAUGACAAGGUUGUGGAGCUGCUCAUCAAGAACGGAGUUGAUCCCAAUGUGCCUAACAAGGACGGAAACACAGGUCUGCAUGAAGCGAUUUGGAGAGGUCAUGACAAGAUUGUGGAGCUGCUCAUCAAGAACGGAGCUGAUCUUAAUGUGACUAACAACAAUGGACACACAGGUCUGCAUUACGCGUGUGCAGGAGGUCAUGACAAGGUUGUUGAGCUGCUCACCAUGAACGGUGCUGAUCUCAAUGUGACUAAUGUGAAUGGAAGGACAGGUCUGCAUUACGCGUGUGAAGGAGGUCAUGACCAGGUUGUUGAGAUGCUCAUCAAGAACGGAGCUGAUGUCAAUGUGAGAAGAACGACCGGAGACACAGGUCUGCAUGUAGCGUGUUUAAAAGGUCAUGACAAGGUUGUGGAGCUGCUCAGCACGAACGGAGCUGAUCUCAAUGUGACUAACAAGAAUGGAUACACAGGUCUGCAUAUAGCGUGUAGAGUAGGUCGUGACAAGGUUGUGGAGCUGCUCAUCAAGAACAGAGUUGAUCUUAAUGUGGCUAACGAGAACAACAAGCGCCCGGUUGACGUUGCUGCAGGACUGGGCAGAGAUACACAGUUAUUGCUGGAGACAGAAACACGGAAGCAGGCGGAGUACAGUGAGCUGGUCUCCUCCGUGGGGUCUGAGGAGGGGACGACAGUCAAACUGUUUCUCUGUGGAGACGGGCAGGUCGGCAAAACAUCUUUGCGAGUGAUUCUGAAAAAGACAGGCUUUAUCGUGGGUGCUCUCUGGAACUUCAUGAGAAAGUUCAGACGACAAGACGUCUUUAACCCCACCCCGGGGGUGCAUGUGUCCAGUGAAACCGUGCGGGGAAUCGGGAGACUCAGUCUGCAUGACUUCGCAGGACAGGCGCAGUUUUACGUCACACACGCCAUGCUGCUCCGCACCACUAACGCCAUCUUCCCUGUCGUCUACAAAAUCACAGAUGGGGAGGAGGAACAGAAACGGCAGAUCAACGGUUGGCUUAGCUUCAUCCACUGCAGUAACGCAGACCCCACCAACAAACCCCGGAUUGUCCUGAUCGCCAGUCAUGCGGACAAGCUACAGGACCAGGAAGCAGGCUGGCGCCGGGCUAAAGCUCUGGUGGAACACUACAGGAAACUGUUCCAGGAGUCACUGAUUGUGUCACAGGAGGUGUUCCUCAUCAACUGCCUGCAAGCGGGGUCUCCUGAGAUACGGCGGCUACGAGAGGUGCUGGGGACGUUUAGGAACGACAUGCUGAAGCAAAGACCACAGGUCCCAAAGGUCUGUGUCGAGAUGUUGACACUGAUUGAAAGCCGGAGGCGGGAAAGGAAGAUUUUUCCAGUGAUGGAAUGGCAGGACUUCCUGACAGCUGUCAGGCAGGCAACGUAUGGCACCAUUGAGUCACGUAUCGUACACCUGGCGUCAUCGUACCUUCACGAUGAGGGGGAGAUCAUUUACCUCAGCCGUAAAGCCGACUCGUUGGUAGUGUUGGACCCCCAGUGGCUGUUCACAUCCGUUUUCGGAGCUCUGCUCGCUCCGGACAACUUCCCUAUUGACAAGAUCGCGCGGACUGCAGACGAUUGCGUCACCGUUGAGGAGCUCACCCGUGUCUUCGGUGCCGUUGCCGACAUCCCUCUGCUGAUCAAACUCCUCCAGGACUUCCAGCUCUGCCACACGUACGACGGUCGCAUCUUCAUCCUCCCCAGCCUGCUGCAGCAGGAGAUGGAAGAGGCGGCGUGGUCUCCUGUGUCCAGCAAGUCUGUCUACUUCGGUCUGCAGAUCCGAGGCCGCACGGAGAUCGACAGCUUCUCGUGCGACCUGUUCCCGCGGCUGCAGACGCUGCUGAUGCAGGCGCACCCGGACAAGUUCAGCUGGCCUCGCCUGUGGAAGAACAGCGCCAAAUGUACCGACGGGAAGGCCGAAGCGCUGCUUCAGAUCACGCAGGACAAGAGGCAGCUCAACAUCUUCGUCAGAAGCAAUGAUGGCAGCAGGGAGGACUGCAACUCCAUCAUGGACCUCCUGAUGGACAUGACGUACCGCCUGCUGCACGAGACCAGCCCCGGAGCCAGGUCACGGGACAUGGUGCUCAGCGCCCUGGACCUCCGGGAACACAGACCGCAGCCUCACGCCUACAGCAGGGAAGAGGUGGAGGCGGCGGCAUCAAAGGGAGAGAACCUCGUCCAUCCUAAGAGGAACGUCCCGGAGAUGGUCAAGGAUCUCCUGUUGCAUCUACGAAAAGUUAAAGUGGCCUGGUGCAUUCCCAUCGUUGCUGAAAUGAUACCACCUUGGCGGGAGCUUGGAAUAAACCUGGGCCUGUCAGAAUCUGACAUGGAGCAGAUCAGCCAGAGGCACCAGGAUGACGCAGAGAGUUGCUGUUUGGCAGUACUAGAAGAGUGGCUACAUCUGGCUCGUACCAACGCAACAGUAGAAGGGCUGAAGACCGCACUGGGCUUGGCUGGACAGAGAGAAAUAGUAGAAAAGUUGGAUACAAUGGAGCAGUCAAUGAGCAAACAGUUGCUGGAGCUGCAGAGUGAAGUCACAGACAUCGUGCAUGCCAACUUUCCCAACCUGAACUUCGUCCCGGACAAGAACAAGGAGGCUGAUGACAGAAGGAUAGAGCUGAACAGGAGAACACUCCGUGAAGAGGUUUUCUCUCACAGUUUCAACUUUAGCCUUGAUUCAGUCAUUCUUGAUCGAAUACAAGAGAGAAAGAAGUCAGUGUGCCGUAUCAACUGGCCGGGGGGUUCAGGAACAGGGUUCCUGUUGAAUAAGGGAAAGGUCCUCACAUGUUACCAUGUGUAUAGAUGGAUGAGCAGGGCCUUGUGGUCAGUUCAUGAAGCUAGUCAGUACAUUGCAACAUUCUUUGUGUCUGGUGAGAGGGAAUAUAAAGUUCCCUUUGAAUCUCCUGCUUCUCUGCUCAAAUGUUAUAGUGAGGAUCUAGAUUACGCUAUCCUGCAGCUGGCAGUUGAAGAUGAGAUGGGAAGAAGUCUUGAAAGUUUGCCUCUGCUCGGCCAUUUUAUCUCAGAGAGUGAAGACAGCAGAAAUAUGGUUGUUCUUGUCGGCCAUCCUUCUGGUGGGAACAAGAUGGUUGACUUUGCCCUCAUUGCUGGGGUAGCUCAACGCUAUGUUAUCCACAUUCGCUAUCCUUACAUGAUCCAAGAAGACGAACGCAAGCCCAUUUACGACACAAGUGUCAUGUUCCACGGCUCCUCAGGCUCCCCAGGCUUUGACACGUAUGGUAAUGUGGUCCUCAUGCACACCAGAGGGUUCAUGGAUGACGGCGGACAAAGCGUCAUCGAGCGUGGGGUACGUUUGUCUGCCAUCAGAGACCAUGCACGUCAAAACCUGGCACCUGAGGCUUUCAGUGAAAUCUUCCCAGCUUCAUUUGAACAACUCGCUGUCUCAUUGCCUUCAUUCUCAAUCAGUUAAAAACUCAAGCUUUCUAGUCAUUUGUACUACUUAUUGCGCAGACAAAUUCAUUGUAAAUUUAACUAUUCUAUCUGCUCUAUCUGCGUUUUAAAUAACUGAGAUGAAAGUAUCAUAAGAGUGGGGACCAAUUGAAAAAGAAGGCAAGAUUGCUUUCUUUUCACAUGAACAAUGAAUGGAUGCUGAACAGAAUAUUUUUGGAAAUGUCAGUGUGCAAAGAACAACAGUUUUGACGAAAUGUGUGAAGGUGACUGCAUUUGGCAUCUUACAUCACUUGAAAUGUAGCUAGCAAAAAUAAAGUUGAGUAUCCAAUGAAGAAUGCAUUCCGCAAGUUUGAUGAUGUUAGUCUAGUUCAGUGCCUUAUAUCAAUGAUUAGGAAUGUCUGUUUUCAUAGAAAGGUAUCCAUGUAACAUGUAUGGAAUAUAACAUAUAACAGAAUGUAAAAUGAUCUUUAACAUAUUACAAUGAAAAUGUAAAAGAAAUAGCUUUCUGACGCUUGAUGUAAUCAAGACUUUUGAAAGACCUUAAACUUAUUGUACUACUUACGUGGAAUACAAAUUCAUGUAUCACGUUCACAGUUCUCCCACUUCAUAAAGAU